UUUCAUUUGUGCGUUUGUGCUCAGUUUAUUAUCCGCCAACAGAACCUAUUGGGGUACUACCGACACAGAGUUUGAUUGCUGUAAUAAAAUUAGAUGUGCAAAGCGCUUUAACACUCGGAUUAAGUGACAACAUGAGGACGAGCUCUACCGCAAAGUUGUUUAGCGGGUGUAAAAUUACGAGCGCACAGGACACACCUCUAGAGGGAGUUCCCUGGGAUGUGGAAACAAGGAGCCGGAUCAUUUCUCCUAACGAAAAGUCAGGAGUCCUUUCACUUGGAGAGAGAGUCCGAGCCUGAGGUCGUGCGUUGUUCCAACAGCAGUAGCCGUGCCACGAGAGGAAAAUGCCCGGGAUGGGCAACUCUUUACGCGCGGCUGCCCUCCUGGCUUUCGUGGUUCUUUCUAUUUUGGUAUCACUCUUGAUUAGCGGCGUGCAGCAGUUUGGAGCUAGAACAUCGCACAGUUCUAAUGCAGGACUCGCUGGUGAUGAGACGGAGGCUGCGUCGCUCCGCGGGGAGUUGAUUUACCACCUCAACGAGAGACGCAAAGAAAUAAUUCCGCUGCUUUUACCUGACGAUGAUGUUGAAAAUGGAGUACCAAGGGAAACUCUGCAUUCUUCCAGACUGGACUCAAUUUUGGAUCAUAAUCUGUGGAAUGAGAUCACACAUGGCUCCAGGAAAGCGCAUAUGGAUGAAAUGGGUUGUGAUUCUUUGGUGGGCAUGCAGGCGGUAGAGAUUCUCGGGUCCGGAUACACCAAACUAGUUGUCAAAGUGAAGCUAGCCGGAGGUCAGUCCGUGGCGUUAAAACUCGUCAACGAACAGGGGAUAGACAUGGGAAAGUGUCUGGAGGACUUUAAAGACCCCCACGGCUGUCGAGAGCUCGUUUCUUACAAGUUGAAGAAAGAAAUAGUCCUAUUGCAAAGGUUGCAGCAUCCAAAUGUCAUAAAGCUCAAAGGUCACUGUGCAGGAGAUGUAGGAGGAGAAGGGGGAAGAAUCACAGUCAUCCUAGAGCAGGGGAGUCCUCUCCAGAUGAUCCAGCUGCUCCAGAGUCCCUGGGAGGACAGAUUCAGGGUGUGUCUGGACCUGGUCCGGCUGCUCCACUUCCUCUCCCAGUCUACUCUGGGCUCUGUGGCCCUGCUGGACUUCCAGCCCCGGCAGUUUGUCACUGUGUCCGGCGAGCUGAAGCUCACAGACCUGGAUGACGCCAGCGCCGAGGAGACCGCCUGUCAGACUAACACAGACUGCACCCUCCAGUUUCCACACAGAAAUUUCACUCUGCCCUGCUCGGCUCAGGGAGAGUGUGAGGGCUUGAAUGAAAAGAGGAACAUUUACAAUGCCUAUAGGUAUUUUUUCACCUACCUGCUGCCUCACCAGGCCCCGCCUGGCCUCGCACACCUGGUAGACCACAUCAUGAACUCCACAGGGGACCUUAAAGCUGACAUCAAUCAAACACUGGAGGCUUUUGAACACAUCCUCCACCUCUACAAGUCUGGCCUGCACCUGGACAACCUGCCUUCAUCAAUAAUCAAAGAUUACACCAUGAUGCGCGGUAUGGGCACCUCUGGAAACGUGGAGUACCGCUGCUGGCCGUCCUACAGUCCGCAGGGCUGCGUGCUGUCUGUCCACAGUGCCAGGGAGGCAGCCUACGUCUGUAACUCCCACUCUCAAUGCAACAGCUUCACUCUGACUGGACAGAAAACGUGGACGGGUCGCCUCCUGGCCUCUUUCAGGAGCAGGUUCAGUCAUCUAGUGCCUGAUGGGAUGUCAGAGGUGUAUGUGAAGAAAACCAACGCUCCUGAAAGUUCUAUAGUGUAAUCUGAGGAAUGAACAGAACAAUCGUGUGGGGGUUUUUUCCAAUCUGGCGUUACUGGGGCGUGGGACGAGACAUAACACAGUGCCGGUGAUGUGAAACAAUGCAAAAUGUUGCACUUAAGAUAAGAAACUGUGCCCUUCUCGUGAAGAUGUUGAAAGCAGCUCUGCUCUGUGGGUUUUGCAUGAGGGCUGUCGUGGCUAAAGUGGGGGCGUUUGAAGUGAGGCAAGUGAAUUUGAUGUAUUUAUAGGGCUUCUGCUCAGUGACUGUUUGAUCUGCCUGCCAGCUCAGUGUCUCUGCCAGCUGCUAUUUAAAGGGAUUUCCCUUCAGGUACAGUUAAGGAGGGGAUAGCCUUGUACCCUCAACAUGUUUUUGUUUUUUUUUGUUUUUUACCUUACCUUGUCUUUAUUUGGCAUGUGUGUUGGCUUUCGUUGUGAGGCCGGAACCCCGUAGUAGGAUUUUUAAGCCAAAGAGGUAAUAGGGACAACCGCUGCAGCUCAACGUUUGAAGCCCCGAGGACGAGAAAAGAAAACAAGCUCUUAUGCAAAUACACUUUGAUGUUAAUGCGUUGAGAUUGCGGCUGUUUUUCAUGGUUCCCUUGCUUUAGCUGCGCUGCGGUAUGAGAUGGCAACAGCCAUGUAAGCAUUUACACAUCAGCAAUGAGCAAAGAUGAUUAAAACCAUUCCAGAGGAGUUUGUUUGUACAUACUUUUGUAGUUUAUAGUGCUUAGGUCAUAAAUAUUUAUUUGAUGAGAUAAAAUGUAAUUGUUCUUACAUGACCGUACAUUAGAGCUUAUGUGCACCUUGUGGGUGAAAAUUUUAUUUUCAAUGAAAAAUUAUUCACUUCAGUGUUUUUUAUACUUCACUAAUUGCAACUGUACAGUUUUACUGUUUGUAAUUACAUAAAUGUAUUGUUUCUACAUGGUCAUUUGCAUUUUUAAUGUAUUAAGUUUUGCUAUAAUGAACAGCCUGUUUAUUUCUCAUUAGCACCUGUGUGUGUCAUUCGGGGAGGCGACACUUGCAUGUAUAUACUGACCUGGUUUUGUGUGUGUUUAAGUCCUUUAUCUGAUCACAUGCCCCAACAUCUACAACCUGUAGCGCAUCUGAAUGGGUGAGACUGCAAACCUACCAGAGCUCCGCAGAGUUUGCACAAUACCAGAGAAAUGCAUUCAAAUGCCCUGUCAUGCUGAGCUCAUUAUGGGCCUUAAUUAAUGCAUGUAAAUUAGCUCACUCACUGGCCCUUUCUCAUGGUGAGAGAAGGGACAUCACUGUAAGACAAAGGCAGACAUCAGGACAGUCUGAACUCAAUCCGCAGUUUGCACACGAAUGGGCCUGCCAUCUGUGCCUGCCAGGAAGAACCUGGUGAGGUUGAGAUAAGGGCAGGAUUGCAGAGUGGCAGACUGAAGGAGGUCAGGGCCUAGCAUCAACAUUCAUCAGCCACAGGAUUUCUGCUGGGAGAGAAAGAACAGGCCAAAUACCUGAAAUGUCCUGAAACAAGCCAGAGACUUUUCUAACAUGUAAUCCCCCAUUCGUCACGGGUUUUUUGUUGCUGUUACAAAGGGAAAAAUCAAAAUCUUUAUUCUUAGUGUUUAGUGUUUCAUAGUCAGUCUUAAAAUUCCAGUUUAAAUUCUCAAUCCUCAUUUUAAUUUAUUAAAAUUGCCCAG